GGACACAGCGGAUCACCGAUCACAGAAAGAGCCGAAGAUGGCGGCUCGGUCAUGUGAUCAGCUGUGUCCAAUCACAGCUGAUCACAUGGGACAUGUACACUGAUCAUCAGGGCACUGAUGAUCAGUGUGCCCUGAUGAUCUGUGUAGCCCCAGCAGUGCCACCUGUCAAAGUCCAUCAGUGCCAGCUGUCAGUGCCUAUCAGUGCCACAUCAAUGCCACAUAUCAGUGCAUACCAGUGCACAUCAAUGCCACAUAUCAAUGCCCAUCUGAGCUGCCUUUCAGUGUCAUCCAUCAAAGCCAGUCAGUGCCACCUAUCAAUGCCAAUCAGUGCCACCUAUCAGUGCUGCCAGUCAAUGCCGCCUGUCAGUGCCACCUAUCAG